UUUAGCACAAGGUUGAAGCAAGUUGCAACAAGGAAAUACAUGUACUUUAAAGCAGUAUUAUCACAUCUACCCAUUCCUAAAAAAGCAUCGUGGACGUUACAUGUAAAACAAGCUCUCGUCCGCACUGUGAUCUGCUUGGUGUGUCGUGUGAUCAUUGCUUCAAAACUUCAGAGGAGCGACGAGCAGGGCCGCGAGGAGGGACUCUGUUUUCAUUGAAUGACGUGUCGAGGAAAUGAAACUUCGAAAGGGACGGAGAGGGAAAUUUCUCUAAAGAGGCGUCAGGUGAAUCCAGUCCAUGCAGGAAAUCGAAGGACCACUGUGGAAAUAUUUGAACUCCAGCACUGGUGGAAGGAUACAAUUAAAUGUAACCUGCAGGAUACGGUGAGCUGAAAAGAACGCUUUUUUCCCGAUACACUGGCGGAAAUGAGCCUCACCUUGUCGUAUCUUCGCUGCAGAGAUUAUACAAGCGGUUGAAAAUAAGCUAGAUUGCGGUGGGCAUAUCCCGAUGAUUCUACAAAGAGACCUUUGGUCAGUAAGUUUUAGAAACUUAUCGUAUUUUCCUUCAUUUUUAUCAAGGAACAACGGACUCAGCACUAUAGCUCCAACUUGGAAAUCAUGUCAGAAUGUUCGUCAUCACAUCUUGGCGAGAAAGAAUGAGAAAUUAAUACUGAACGGUAAAUAUACCAUCCAAAAAUACAUUCAAAUUCACAAGGCACUUUAAAAAAUAAAUUUGGUGUUACCCCCCCAAAAAACCUACCGGCGAUAGAUGAAACCUUCGGGAAUAUCUCAGAAAGAUGUCAUCUGCUGGAAGACAGCCGACAGACGAGUCUAGCAGCGCGGCGAGCGACCCAUUUCAUCUGAUAUACGAUACGGUGCGAUGCUCACCAGUUCCCCUAGGAGGGACACCCCAAGAGAGGGAUAGUGGCGGUCAGUACGUCACCCCAGUCUGCAAUUUGCUCCCACCGGAGUUAGAUAAGCAUUAUCAGAACAUCAGGCACUUCAAGGAGAUUAAGCCUACCUUUAAAAGCAGAAGGGUUGGGAAAGAAGAGGGGGGCGUAUCUCGAACGGAACAAACUCGGUCACUCCUGACGCCUUUGCUUCCUUCCAAGGUGAAGCAGGGAUCGAGGACAACGUACCAGAACACGCCCCGGGAGUCAGCUAAAACGUCUGGCUACGCAGAGCUCCGAACUACCGACCCCUCGCCCGUUAUUUAUUCCGCUUCGUCGACGGCUCUACCGGUGCCUCAGAAGAAGUCUGACCCGGACACCUCUCAACGCCCGGCGGGUAGCAUGGGAAACACUCCCACGGCACAGCAACGGAUCAAGAAGUCCAGGCCCCAAAUUCGUACCAAUCCACUGGUCACUCAUCAAAUACCAGGACUUACGGAUUCAACGGCCACGGAUCGGUCAGAUGCAACGGUGAGGCCCUCAGACGGGGAUCUGGGAGUCACAAAACACAGUCAGUUCCCCCAGCCUGGCAAAGCUCGGUAUCAGUUGACAGGUUAUCUGGAGAAGGUGCACACGGCCGAUCCGGUACUGGAUAGGAUUUUACGGCGGUGUCAGACGGCGAUGGAGCACCACGCAGGCCCGGCCUCGGAGGGCCGCCUCAUCUUUACUGCAGACCCCUUUGCCUGCGGGAUGUUCGACCACAGCGGCGGAUACCUCCCUCUCCCAAACUACAAAACGACACUCUACAUCACACCUCACGCCAUCGUGGGAGACAAUCCCGAGCCGAUCUUCAUCUACGUUCACCCAGACCCACCUACCGAGCUCCUGGAUCUGGAGAAGGGAGAGGAACCCAUAAGCUCCACCCUGGUUUGCGGUAAGACGGGCCUCAAAUUUUCCAGCGAUGUAGUCCUCUCUUUUCCAGUGCAGCCCCUGGAUCCAAGCUCAGGCAGCAGAUACCAUGUCAUCGUCUCUGAGCAGGCCCCAUCCCCCUCGGAAAGACCCAAACACCAGGUCCUGGACAAAAUCCUUGAUUGCUUCUUCUCGGUGGAGGACAAUCGCUGCACACUCAUGGUCAAUCAGCUGGGCAGCUUCACGGUCAUCUCCCAGCCGCCGAGGAAGACCGAUGCUCUCAAGGGUCAGCUCAGGAACCAGGCUUCGGAGGAAUUCGUCAGCUUUCGGGUGGGCGUGUUCGGCAGACAGCUGCCGGGGACAGGCAGCGCGCAAAUCAGGGUAAUAAUUUGGAAGGACAGUGAUGAAGAGACUCAGCGCAUUGUCGAUGAGGAGAACAGAGAUAGAUUUCGUAAGCUGGACCGUGUUCGCGCCUUUACGAUCAGUCAAUACCGCAAAGCAGUAUGGGUAACGGCCUCUCACGUGAUACCCGGGUGGACUCUUCUGGCAAAGGAUAAGGAAAGGUUUUCGGUCGACCGCUUACUCUCCCAGCACCGGAAGAACGGAUGUCUCCCGUCCUGCACCUUCGCGCUGUAUCGGGAGGGGGGCUCUGGGUCGGCGCAGACCCCCCGCGUUGUCAGCUGCACGAUUGAGAUUUCCCAAGAUGGCGGGUACGGGGAUGAACCUGAGGAGGACGAAUCUGAAACAGUGCAGUUUGUAGCUGUCGUGGACGAGGAAUCGGAGGCGCCUGUGAUCCUGCCGAAAGUACCGCCCACGCCUGAUGGUUGUCACGUGCCUCCAGUGGUGCCGCCGAGGGCGCCCAUCACCCAGAAGGCGGUCGUAGUCACUGCUUUCAACCUGCUGCCAAAGCCGCCAGCAGGUCUCAGGCACAAGAUCCUUGGGCAGCUUUCCCUCCAUCUUGAGGUGAGCACCAUCUCUGGACGUGGCUGGAAACUCUUGGCGCAGAAGAUGGGCUUGUCUGCCCCUCAAAUUUGCUGCCUUAGGGAGAGGUACCUGUGCCCCGGUGAGGCUCUUCUGAACUGGUACCUUGGCCACCAGGUCGCUCUGGUGCCCACACGCGAAGCUCUUCGAAGACUGCUAGAGUUGUUCCGAGACAUGGACUGGCAAGAGCUUGAGACCAUCCUCACCAGGGAGAUCCAGAACACAGACAACAGCGAUCUGAGCCAGGAGUGGAGCAACACACGCCCAAGGGUGUACGAAUUCAUCGACGACGAGAUAUCGCGAGCUGGGAAACGUGCCGGAGACAAGGAAAUUGCGCUGAGUAGUCCUGGACUGCAGAGGAAGAAUUCGUACGAAAAGCUUUCCUGUAGAAAUCGGAUGCCUAUCCCAACUCCACGAAACAGCCCUAAGACUACCGUCAAAAGCCUCGCUGAGAGCCCUAAAGCAAUGCCAGACAAACCAGACAUCGACAGGUUGUGUAAGUCUAAGAGCCCCUUCGAUCAGAAGUUGCAUUUCACAAGCCCGUGCUCUGAAAAGAUAAUCAGUCCCGCCUCAAGUCCAACCGGCUUCUUCUACCAACCGCAUCUGACACAGCUUCCUAAGCCGGGGCUCUGGAACCAAGCACAUGCACAUGGUCUUUCGCAACACACAAAAACCCACUCUGGUGUUGCUCUACCAACUGACGAUGAGGAGAGCCGCACCCCUUGUCCAGCUGAAGAACUAAUAGAACGCUUUGAAGAAGAGUCUCCUAUUAAGCCACCACCAACUACAGCCCCAGACGAAGCAGUCUCCGAGGAAAAUCCAUACUUACAACCCGAUGUGAGGAAAGAAAUUAAGCCUCUCUGGAGAAGGGAUCAGUCUCACAGCAUUAGACUUCCUCCAAAGAAUAUCCAUCCGGAACUGACGCCGCCAACUCCACCACGGCGCACCACAUCUGUCAGAGUCAGAUCCGCAAGACCUCCAAAGUCAUUGGGAUUCCAAGAGGGAGAACCUUCACCCCCGCCACUUUUGCCAACGAUUCAGGACAUCCCAGCAGCUUGUAGUCCUAUGAAGCACGAACGCGAACCUGACGAAUAUCAAGGUCCAGGCCAAAUGCCUGCUGCUGAGUACUCACAGCCUCCAUCUUUUCUCCAGAUGAAAAAGAAAGUUCUCCAAGACCUACUGAAAAAAAAAUUCCUCAGGGCGAUGGGAAUAGAGGACGAGAACGAGGAGGGCGCUGCUUGUCGCGACAGUAUCUCUUUAGAUGUGUCAAUCCCCGAGGGGAUCUAUGAUGAUGUUGCAAACCUUCUUCAGGAGGACAAAGACCUUGAAAUGAUGGAAGAGGCGCCCGGAGGAAGGCAGCAGCUACUGGAUUUCUUGCAGGGAUCGGUCAAGAAUCUUUUGUCGAAAGUCCCACGCAAUGCUACCAAGAAGAAACCACUCCCCUUUCCGUCAGAACUAAGGUCAAGAGCUGCAACCGACGAUAUGGUAUGCUAUGAAGACAUCGAUGACGCAGAUGUUCCAAUGAGGACAACAUCAAAUCGUUCUUACCGUGUUGCUGAAAGCACUGAGCCUGUCAAGAGGACAGUCUUUGAUGUGAAACUGAGCCCUGCGACCGAUGACAUGCUGUGCUACGAAGACAUUGAUGAGCCCAUGGUCCCCAAAAGAGCUGGGGUUCAGGGCAGUCUUGGGGCCCCAACCAAGAAGGCGCUUCCUCUUCCGACUAUCAAAACCACUUCGCACCCCGUGAUAGACGAUAGGAGUUGCUACGAAGACCUCCCCCAGCCUGCGGUUCCCGCAAGAACAGAGCCAGACAAGGUCACGGUAACGACCCACAGUGGAGAGGUAAAACUGGUCCGUAAAUUUGUUCCCCACACGAGAGCAGUUCCUCCCCCACCUCUACCAGAAAAGGCAUAUGAAGUGAUGCCAAUAGGACGGCCAGGGGGCGAACAGAGACCUUAAAUUGGUCCUUUCAUACCGCGUCAUGGAUAUUCGGGGAUACAGGACCAGACCCUAAAUUAGGAAUCCACAACAUCCCGAGCAUAGCCCCUAAAAACAAAUUCAUUGACAAGAAUAUCAGAACACAAUAACAUGCAUACCAUUCUUUUAGUGAAAACUAUAAGUGAAAAUCAGCUGUAAACUGAUCGUUUUGAUUUUGCAUAGACCACGACUUAAAUAAGCAUCAAAUUUGCAUCGAAUUAUGACAACUUCACACAGUUUGCCGCAGGCUUUAAUACAAUUUCUGCCGGUUGGACAGUAACGACAGUACAUGUACAGAUUUAUUCCCUCCCCACAAUAAACACACUAACGACACACGCAAACAGCAUGAAAAGAUAAAAGAACAGUUUGUCACAGUCGAUCACGGGUGUGACAUUCGACAGGAUUCGACAGAACUACACGAUAACAGGAUCGUGACAGAAUUUGAGAAUGUUCCUCAAACUUUUCAUUCUCUCAAGACACUUUGCGUCUCAAUACUUGGUGCAAUUGGUGAACAAGAAAAAGCAAACUAAUUUUACUACGAUACAAUAGGUUUUUUUUUUCUGGCAGAGUUUAUUACAAAUUAUACAUCAACUGCUUAUUGGCUGCACUGUACUGGGAAUAUCAUGAAAGCUAAAAAGAAUCUUAAAAUGUACUUUUAUGAUCAAAUAACUUCUAAAAAGGUGAGCAGAUAUUCUAUUUCUUUUCUACUCUUGUAUAUAUAAAUGUAUGAAACAGUUUACGGAAGUGCUCUGGUUUUAGAUUGUUUUAGAUAUCAUACAUCAAUUACAUGCAUCUUAAAAAGAAUACAAAUUUGACUACAGGUGUAUCGGUUUAUGUCAACUUUUUAAGAAUCAAGUGCGCACAUUAUUCUGCUGAAAUAUUCUUUGGCCAAAAAAACAUAUUGGCAAAUGUGUGUCAAAAUUUAAGAAUUUGUCAUGAUUUUACCAUACCACACUUGUUAAAAUUGCAAUGCUGUAAAUUUAUUGAAGAUAUUUUCAUUUAAACAAGAGUCUUAGUAAAUGGAGUUUUACUUUCAAAAUAUAUGAUCAUGAUAUAAAAUUCUGAUUAAAAAUCCAAAUAUAAGGACAAAGCCAUAGUCAAUUCAAAAUAUGUAAACAAAUUUACCCCAUACCUGCAAGAAAAGAUUACUUAUCAAGGCUUUUUCUGUUUUGUUGAAGUACUUCGAAUAUCAUUGCUACAGUCCUGGACAACUGCAGAGUUUCACGGUGUGGGUGGAGUUACACUUAAAAAGCCCCCCCCC